AUGGUGAACACCAGAGGCAAAAUCAAGAAAGCCCAAAACAUGCGUAAAAUCUGCUUCUCGAAUGCCUCCACGGAGGAUUCCAAUUAUCAAUCGACUCGGUCUGGAGCUUUGAUCGGUUCUGAUGAUGACCUCUUACUCAAAAUCCUUCUUUGGCUCCCUGUUACCUCCAUCCUUCGCUUCAAAUCUGUUUCCAAACACUGGCAAUGGCUUUUGAGUCACAGGCGUUUCACCCUCCUAUACGAUAACCUUCCAAAAUAUCCUGGUCUUUUUGUUCGCAAUAUCUAUAUUCCGUUUGAUGCUGCAAACCAAAGCACCCCUCCCUUUCGUAGUCUCGACUUCUACUUUGAUCCUUGCGGUAUCAAAAUCAUUCAAUCUUGUAACGGGUUACUCCUUUGUUGUAGCGAUCGAGGAAACGAACGUGCUCGUAAGUAUUACGUAUUUAAUCCCACCACCAAGCAAUUUUCAAUCAUCCCGUCGGUCCCUGGAGGUAAGAAAGUUCGUAGAACUAUUCGUUUUAUGGGUCUGGCAUUUCAUCAAACAGAUUGCGUUCACUACAAACUUGUUUGUAUACGUGGCGUGGAGCCAAUGGGGGAGUUGUGUCAGAUUCAAAUAUAUUCAUCUGAAGUUGGAAAAUGGAAGAUUUCUAGUGAAUCUUUCUCUGCGAAUUGUUCUUUUCGUUGUGGAGUUUACUGGAAUGGAGCUAUUCACUGGGCUCCCUCGUGUCACAAUCCCUUGUACUUCAAAAUUGCGGGUGAACAGUUGCAAACGUUGGCGUUGCCACCAAAUAUGGCAUCUUUUGGAGGCUUUCACCGUGGAGCAACGCCAAUGUACUUCGGGGAAUCUAGAGGUCAUAUGCAUUUAGUAGAUACCGCGAAUGGUGAAAACCAUUUACACCUGAUUGUAUAUGAGAUGAUGAGCGAUUAUUCAGGGUGGUUUGUCAAGUUUCAAGUAGAGCUUGAUGACCUUCCCGGGGCUUUCCCGGAGAUGAUCAAUAGCUACCUACAUCCGUCGAGUCCCUAUUAUUAUCAAUUUAAUGUCAUUGAUGUGGUUAGAGGUGAAAACGAAGAAGACACGUUCAUGGUGGUGAGAAUUCCUGGGAAGUUGAUAAGGUAUAACGUUCAUGACAAGAGUUUUAAGCAGAUAUUCAAUCUCACCACCUACUUCUCUUUCCCUGAAUCACACUCAAAUGUUCAUCGCUAUACUGAAACCUUAACUUCUUUCUAA